AGCCGAUUGGCAGAGCGGUGCUUUCAGGAACAAUAACAGUGGGGGGAGCACUGGUCCCAGGGAGCCGCCCCCCCCUCUGGCCCUGUGACUCGCGCCCCCCGCUGGGGUCCCACCUCUGCGCCCGCCCUGCGGGCUGACCAGCCCGACCGGGGCCCGCCCCCGGCGCCCACCAUGUACGCCUUUGUGCGGUUCCUGGAGGACAACGUCUGCUACGCUCUGCCUGUGUCGUGCGUGCGCGACUUCAGCCCCCGCUCGCGACUGGAUUUUGACAACCAGAAGGUGUACGCCGUAUACCGUGGUCCUGAGGAGCUGGGUGCCGGGUCAGAGAACCCCCCGCGCGCCCCCCGCGACUGGGGCGCGCUGUUGCUCCACAAGGCCCAGAUCCUGGCGCUGGCAGAAGACAAAUCUGACCUUGAAAACAGUGUGAUGCAGAAGAAAAUAAAAAUCCCCAAACUUUCUCUCAGUCACAUAGAAGAAGAUGGGGAGGUUAAAGAUUAUGGGGAAGAAGAUUUACAGCUUAGACACAUCAAGGAUUGUCUGGGGAAAUAUUGAGCUGCAGACCAAGAAAGUCCCAGCUGCCCUUGCCUGAACUGAUUCUCGUUGUCCUACACAGAGACCUGAGGGGCGGAAGCCAAGCGAAGUGGCGCACAAGAGCAUCGAAGCAGUGGUGGCCCGGCUAGAGAAGCAGAACGGCCUGAGCCUGGGCCACAGCACUUGUCCGGAAGAGGUCUUCGUGGAGGCCUCACCAGGCACAGAGGACAUGGACAGUCUAGAGGACGCUGUUGUGCCCCGGGCUUUGUACGAGGAGCUGCUGCGCAACUACCAGCAGCAGCAGGAGGAGAUGCGCCACCUCCAGCAGGAGCUGGAGCGGACUCGGAGGCAGCUGGUGCAGCAGGCCAAGAAGCUCAAGGAGUAUGGGGCGCUCGUGUCUGAGAUGAAGGAGCUCCGUGACCUCAACCGGAGACUCCAGGAUGUGCUGCUCCUUAGGCUUGGCAGCGGUCCUGCCAUUGACUUGGAAAAAGUAAAGUCAGAAUGUCUCGAACCCGAGCCGGAGUUACGGAGCACUUUCAGUGAGGAAGCAAAUACGUCGUCCUAUUACCCCGCUCCUGCACCUGUCAUGGACAAGUAUAUCCUAGACAAUGGCAAGGUCCAUCUGGGAAGCGGGAUUUGGGUUGAUGAGGAGAAAUGGCACCAGCUACAAGUGACCCAAGGAGAUUCCAAGUACACGAAGAACUUGGCAGUCAUGAUUUGGGGAACAGAUGUUCUGAAAAACAGAAGCGUCACAGGAGUUGCCACAAAAAAAAAGAAGGAUGCAGUCCCAAAGCCACCCCUCUCACCACACAAACUAAGCAUUGUCAGAGAGUGUUUGUAUGACAGAAUAGCACAAGAAACUGUGGAUGAAACUGAAAUUGCACAGAGACUCUCCAAAGUCAACAAGUACAUCUGUGAAAAAAUCAUGGAUAUCAAUAAAUCUUGUAAAAAUGAAGAACGGAGGGAAGCAAAAUACAAUUUGCAAUAAACUUUGGUUUUUCAUAAAGCCUUCGCGUUUUCCUUGCAAGGUGUGUGAUUUGCGGACGAUGGUGUCAUCCAAAUCAGACCCCAGCACGUUUGGUGGUGUGCAGGUAGGGAGCUAGUAGGGUGCUGGGGUCAGUGGCUUGUUCUGAACUUGGACUUCCUACUCCAAAGAAGGCAGAUGGAUUUGCUGAGACUCAGGCAGAGCCUGGUGCCACAGGUGUCAUUAUGGCAAAGGGAAAAGCACUUUUCAGAGGGUGGUAGAGCGUCUCUAAGCUGCCUGUCACUUGACCACGAUAUGAACUGAUAUUUUUACUGUCAAGGACUUCUAUCUUUGCUCUUCUAUUUUGUUCUAUAAUAAAGCUUCAUUAAUUCUU